CAGGUGGCCACAAAGCAUGGGCUGUGCUCCAAGCAUCCACAUCUCUGACAGCAGAGUGGUCUAUCACAGUAGCAAAGAGUCUGAGGAGUGCCAUUCCCCUCACCAGACCAACACCACCAUGUCUCAGCAGCAGCAAGGCAACCCCGUCCCGGGAUUAUUCAUUAAAUCCUCCAACACAUCCACUUAUAAAGUGAGGACUAAUUCCUCUAAGAAAGACAAGAGGGAGAACAGCCAGAGCAUGGAGGCAGAGACCCAGACCAGCAGAUCCAGUGUUAAGUCACCAGUUACAGAUGUGCAGUUUGGCCCUAUGAGACUUCAUCAAGAUCAACUUCAGGUACUUCUAGUGUUUGCCAAAGAAGAUAACCAGAGCAACGGGUUCUGCUGGGCCUGUGAGAAAGCUGGAUUUCGAUGUAAUAUUGCCAGGACACCUGAGUCUGCGCUGGAAUGUUUUCUUGAUAAACACCAUGAAAUUAUCAUUAUAGAUCAUAGACAUUCCAGAUACUUUGAUGCAGAAGCAUUGUGCAGGUCUAUCAGAACAACGAAACCCUCAGAAAAUACAGUCAUUAUUGGUGUAGUCCGAAGGCAUGCUGAUCGUGAAGAGUCAUCGAUAUUGCCCCUGAUCUCUGCGGGCUUCACAAGGAGAUAUGUAGAAAAUUCCAAUAUCAUGGCCUGUUACAAUGAGUUAAUUCAGCUGGAAUUUGGAGAGGUGCGGGCACAAUUCAAACUAAGGGCUUGUAAUUCAUUAUUCACAGCAUUAGAGAAAAGUCAAGAAGCCAUUGAGAUCACAAGUGAAGACCAUGUAAUACAGUACGUCAAUCCUGCAUUUGAAACAGUGAUGGGCUAUCAAAUAGGUGAAUUAAUAGGAAAGGAACUAACAGAAGUGCCUAUAAAUGAAAAAAAAGCUGAUUUCCUAGAUACUAUUAAUUCCUGCAUAAAGAUAGGAAAGGAAUGGCAAGGAAUGUACUCUGCGAAAAAGAAAAACGGAGAUAGCAUACAACAAAAUGUGAAGAUAUUACCUGUCGUUGGACAGGGGGGAAAGAUUAGACACUAUGUGUCAAUUAGUAGACUGUGCAAUGACAACAAUAAGGCAGAGAAGACAUGUGAACGUGUUCAGGCUGAAUCUCAGACAGAUAUUCAGACGUCCAGACACAAAGACAGGAGGAAAGGAUCACUAGAUGUCAGAUCCACAACAUCACGAGGGAGUGAUGGCAGCUCACAAAGGCGGCACUCUUCUAUGGCCAGGAUACAUUCCAUGACUAUUGAAGCACCAAUCACCAAGGUAAUAAACAUCAUCAAUGCUGCACAAGAAAGCAGUCCGAUGCCAGUUGCAGAAGCAUUAGACCGAGUUUUGGAGAUAUUAAGAACCACUGAACUGUACUCUCCACAACUGGGAACAAAGGAUGAGGAUCCACAUACAAGUGACCUCGUGGGAGGGCUGAUGACAGACGGUCUGCGAAGAUUAUCAGGGAACGAAUACAUACUGUCAGCAAAACAAACUCAUCAGGUCGCUGGCAGCUUGAUCUCUCCCAUCUCCCUCAAUGACAUACCCCCACGGAUAACACAGGCAAUGGAAAAUGAAGAACACUGGGAUUUUGAUAUCUUUGAACUUGAGGCUGCCACUCAUAAAAGGCCUCUGGUUUAUCUGGGUCUCAAAAUAUUUGCUCGCUUUGGAAUCUGUGAAUUCCUGAACUGCUCAGAAUCAACCCUGAGGUCGUGGUUACAAGUUAUUGAAGCUAACUACCAUUCCUCCAACUCCUAUCAUAAUUCCACCCAUUCAGCAGACGUGCUACAUGCCACUGCUUAUUUCUUGUCUAAAGAAAGAGUCAAGCAAACUUUGGAUCCCAUUGAUGAAGUUGCCGCACUUAUUGCUGCCACAGUCCAUGAUGUGGAUCACCCAGGAAGAACAAAUUCUUUCCUGUGCAAUGCUGGGAGUGAGCUAGCAAUUCUCUACAAUGACACCGCAGUGCUGGAGAGCCAUCAUGCUGCCCUGGCUUUCCAGCUCACCACCCGGGAUGACAAAUGCAAUAUAUUUAAAAACAUGGAAAGGAAUGAGUAUCGAACCCUUCGCCAAGCCAUUAUUGACAUGGUCCUAGCAACAGAAAUGACAAAGCACUUUGAGCAUGUCAACAAGUUUGUCAACAGCAUUAAUAAACCCUUGGCAGCACUAGAAGAAAACGGGAAUAAUGGUGAUGGGGAUUCAAUCAAAAAUGUUCUCACGUCUCCUGAAAACCGCAUCCUCAUCAAACGCAUGUUGAUAAAGUGUGCAGACAUUUCCAAUCCAUGCAGACCUAUAGAGCAAUGUAUAGAGUGGGCCGGACGCAUCUCUGAGGAGUACUUUGCACAGACUGAUGAAGAAAAGAGGCAAGGUUUACCUGUUGUGAUGCCAGUUUUUGACAGAAAUACUUGCAGCAUCCCCAAGUCCCAAAUAUCAUUCAUCGAUUACUUCAUCACUGAUAUGUUUGAUGCUUGGGAUGCAUUUGCAGACCUGCCAAAUUUGAUGCAGCAUCUGGAUAAUAACUUUAAAUACUGGAAAGGAUUAGAUGAAAGGAAGCUGCGGAGCCUCCGACCACCACCACCAGAAUAGCAAUUAGACUAUGGUGUGUAAUUUACUAACCAGAUACAUAUUUAUUCAAGCUCACUUUUGUCCAUGUGAUUUGAGAUAUGUUUCGGUCUCUUCAGUAUUACAGUAAGGAUAGCCCAUGCGCUUGGGGAACUUUCAAAUUCAAGAGAACAUGAGAUCAGCAGCUGAUUUCCACAAACUACCACGUGUGGACUCCAACGAAAUAAGCCUGUCAAGUGGAAUUACACUGGAUUGCUGCAGUACUUGUACUGAAGAGGGUUUAUUAGUGAACAUGUUUUGUGCUAUCUUCUUACCAGUGUGCAAAGCUGGAAGACCUUGAAGAAUCCAUACGAAACAGACAUUCACUAGAAGAUUUUGCUUAAUCCUCAACUCUGCAAGUGAAGAAGAAAUACCUAUUAAUAGUGACUCACAGCUUUUGUGAGAAAGCUACAUGCUUUUUAUAAGCACUUAGGACAGUUACACAGAACAAUCAGACAUUUAAAAUGCAACUCUCCAUGAAGGAAUUUUUGAUCUAUGAAAAAUAGAUGUACUCUAUUUUUUCACAUCACAGAAGGUGCAAUCAUUCACUUCUGAGCACUACUGAAAGUGAGUUCUCUUUAAGAAAUUUAGUAGCAUAUGUAAAAAAUAACACAAGAAUUUUUGAGGUUGAUCGUUAGCAUCUAUGAUUAAAAUGAUAUGUUUUAUUUAUUUUGUUAGAUGUUCAAUAUUUUCUAUGAAUUUAUAAAUACUUAAAAGCCAAAGCCAACUUUAGAUGCAUUACAAAUUUACAUGAUUCAUACUCAUUAAUAUACAUUUAAUUGAUGUACAGACCUUUUAUUUUCAUAAUGCAAAUACAAAAUACUAUACAAUGAUACAUUUUUAUUGCACUGUAAGGAUAGAUGUGUAUGUUUAAAUAUUGUCUGAUUUAUGUUAAUUAAAAUUAAGUUUUAUUGCAAAGGUCUUACUUGAGAAUAGUAGAAUAAACAAGAAAUGUAUACUGAGCACCAGAACCGCAGUAGUUCUCCCAUAAACCAGUGACAACCACCUGAUCUUCCCCUUGGCUACAAAAGACAAUAAUAAUAUGUUGGAACUUUUUGUUUUCUCCCUUGAAAUUUUAUGACCGAAUUCCCUGUCAAAGUCUGCCUUAUUUUAUAUAGUAUUUCUACAAAGCAUUCCACAGCAUAUAUGAAGAGGUGAUACUACACAUCUAACAAAUUUCAACAUUUUAUAGCCUAUGUACUUUCCUCCACCGUGAAAGAAACAGAAAAUAAAGCCACCAACAAAAACGUUUAAUGCAACAAGUUUGUAAAGGCUGUGUACCCUCACAAUUUGAAUGAAACCUUCAUAGCAAACACCAGAAAAUAAUAAAAUGUAUAUUUUAAGAA